UAUCAGCGGGACUCCAGGCUCUCACUUCCCCAGCUGCUGACGUCAGCUGGCAGCCUGGGCUGAGCUCGCCGCUCCGGACAUAGCGCCGAGAAAAAUGCUGCUCUCCGUACCGCCAAGGGCAGGAAUCAACCCAUACAACGGCUAUAACAGCAGAAACAGCAAAAAGCAGGCCUAUGUGUCCUCCGGCCACCAGAUGGCGCCCCCCAGUCCCAACACCAACAGUAGCAGCAACAGCAGCGGCGUGGGAGGGGAACAGCUGAGUAAGACGAACCUGUAUAUCCGCGGCCUCCAUCCGGGGACCACAGACCAAGACCUGGUCAAGCUCUGCCAACCGUAUGGCAAGAUUGUGUCUACCAAGGCCAUCUUGGAUAAAACCACCAACAAAUGUAAAGGGUAUGGAUUUGUGGACUUUGACAGUCCAGCAGCAGCACAGAAAGCUGUUACAGCCCUGAAGUCCAGUGGGGUCCAGGCUCAGAUGGCCAAACAACAAGAGCAGGACCCCACCAACCUCUACAUCUCCAACCUGCCAGUAUCUAUGGAUGAGCAAGAGCUAGAGAGCAUGCUCAAGUCCUUUGGCCAGGUCAUUUCCACGCGCAUCCUCCGAGACGCGAACGGGACCAGCCGUGGUGUGGGAUUUGCCAGAAUGGAGUCCACAGAGAAGUGCGAGGCCAUAAUUCAGCAUUUCAAUGGCAAAUUCAUCAAGACUCCACCGGGAGUGCCUGUGCCCACAGAGCCCUUAUUAUGUAAGUUUGCAGACGGAGGUCAGAAGAAGAGGCAGAACCAGGGGAAGUACCUCCAGAAUGGAAGGCCCUGGGCUAGAGACGGAGAUGCGGGAGGAAUGACGCUUGCGUAUGACCCCACAGCCUUACAAAAUGGCUUUUACUCCGCACCCUACAGUCUGGCUCCAAACCGAAUGAUCACCCAGACUUCCCUCUCACCCUACAUGCAUUCUCCUGUCUCAUCCUACCAGGUACACAGCCCGUCCUGGAUGCACCAUCAGUCAUACCUCAUGCAGCCAGCUGGUACAGUUCUUACCCCAACAAUGGAUCACGCCAUGUCCAUCCAGCCCACAUCCAUGAUGGGACCUCUCGCCCAGCAGCUAAGCCACCUGUCCCUAGGCAGCACGGGCACAUAUAUUCCGGCCAACACAACUAUGCAGGGGACCUACAUCCCCCAGUACACCCCAGUGCCUCCCUCCAGUGUCCCAGAGGAGAACGGCGGUCAACAGCAACAGGUUGCCAUGGAGACUCCUGCAGAACACACAAACUACUCGUACCAACACACCAAGUGAAACUAAGCUCCCAGCAGGGUGGAGCCGGGGGCACAAGAUGAAUCCAACCUAACAGGAUUCAGCUGGAAGAGAACUGUGCUCCAUACCAUCACCAAGCAACCGGACUUGAACAUGGAUAACAAAAGGAACGUGUGUGUGUGUUUAUGUGUGUUUGUGUGUGUGUGUGUGUGUGCGUGUGUGUGUGUGUGUGUGUGUGUGUGUGUGUGGUGUGUGUAUGUGUGUGUUUGUGUGUGUGUGCGUAUGUCUGUUUUUUUGUUGUUUUUUUGUUGUUUUUUUAAGAAAAAGGACAACUCUCACAUCAUUGGACUUUCCUGCUCACAUCCUCAAGAGUUGAUCAACCAAAGGUGGGAAUCUUCUUCACAGAAGCUUUGAUCUAUUUUGAUAACUGAAAUAAAGGAACAUAACAAGAAGUUUAAAAAAAAAAAAUAAGAAAAAAAUUUAAGAGAGGAGGAAAAGACACAGAGCAUUAUUUUUGUGCACGUAAUAUAACAAAUUCUUAUUUUUAAAAAAAGCAUUCUGGACGUUUCAGGGUGAUUCAAGGAAGAGUUGAAACACAAUGUGUCUUUUAUUUUUUGUAAAAUAUGCAAACUUUUAUUUUUAUUUCCUGAUGUCUGUUGUUUGACAUUCUAUUUGCAGCAGCAGGGGCAACAAUUUGUACAGAUUUAAACACUUACAAACACUUUUGCUGGUCUGAUGUGUUGAGGGAGGCAAACCGUUUAAAGCUACUUCUUCCUGUAACUGCUGCAGAGAUUUCUAUUCACGCACAGAAGAUAAUAACAUUGUUUAUAGUUUAGUCAAAUUCUUUUUUUUUUCUACUUUAAACCAUUAUUCCAUAAGUGAACAAAAGACAAUCAGUUAUUUCUAUUUAUAUUUGAAUUAUAGUUCUAUUUUUUAGAGUUUUUAGCUCAUUGAAACAUACAUUUACAGAAAAGAAGUUAUUUAAUACUGUAGUCUAUAAAGACAAUGAUGAACUUUACCCGACACGUUAAUGAUGAGCUCUAAUAUUUGGCUCAUGCAAAUUCUUCAUGAGUAGUUUUGAUCGUUGGAUGGUUGGACUUUCAUUUCUGUUCAGUCCUGUAUGCACCAUCAUCAAAUGACACCUGUUCAUACUAAACGUCCUGUGUUGUUAUACUGUAACUCCAUGUUACAUCCGUGUCCAUGAGAAGUGGUUUUAAGCGGUUUUGUUGUGGCGAACCUUCAGGUAUCAUUUAAUUCAUCCUCUCUAGAAAGGAUGAAGCAGACGUGCUUUAGAUCUUAAGCAGUAAGAUUACUGAAAGAUUAUGUGUACAAAGAACAAUGCAGUUACUAAAUUAAGAUAUAGUUUAGCAAAGCAAUGAGGGAAAUCAAAUAGGAGACUAACACGAUCCCUGAGAAUAAUUUGUUUGACAGGAAAGGGAACUGUAAGUCUUUUUUUCAAUGCUGCUGUUGUCACCUGAGUUUGAUUCUGUCAGUGAUUUUUAGUUUGUAGAAAGUUAAAUGUUUUCUGUUUUGUUUUUUUUCCUUUUGUCUGUCACUUGAAACCAUUGAGCUAAUUUGCCUUAUUUUUGAUGAAUUUAUCUUUGAAGUAGAUUUGAUUUUAGCUGUAGAGUUUAGCUUUUUAUAGAGAGUAGAUGUUAGUUUUGUUUCUCUGCGUAGGGAUUGAUGCUGUUUAUCUUGUGCACAUCAAGUUUUCUCUUGUUUCGUUUUCACACAAACCUCCGUUCCAAACCUUGUGUCUUCUGUCCUAACGUUGGGCCUGUUUGUAGAAAAAAAAAAAAAGACUUUCAGAGCGGAGAGCUGAACCAAACAAUCACUUUAUUUAGUGCUGAUCCAAAAGAUUCAUAUUGAUGCUGCAUCAGAGUUGCGGCUCAAAGAGGCUUCAUAUGUGCAAGCCCCGGGUAUGUUUCAGUCUUUCGGCCAGCACAUGGAGUGGAGCUCAUGUCACCACGUAUAGUACAUCCAAAAUAUGUUGAACUUUAAUUUAUACAGACAUCAAAAACUGUAGAUAUGUAGAUAAUAGAAAUCAUGGUUUUACAAGGACUGCUCACUAGACCAUGGAAGUGCCAUUAAAGACGAUUCUUACAGCCUUUAGUGAGACAGCAAGUCUGAAUGAAUUUGUGAGUGAUCCAAAAUUCUGCAAAAACUAUUUUUAGCUAAGCCUUAAUGUUUUUUUUCUCUGGAUGAACUGCCUGAUCUCUCAUAGGAUUGACAUUAACACUUGGUUCACACUGCCAACCUGAGCAGCGUGUGACGGCUGCGUCUGGCACGUGUGCGGUGUUUACACCGACAGAGUGUCAGCUUCGUGUCUGCUGCUGAGCUGCUGCUGCCAGCCCUAUCUUUCUAUACUGAGUUUGCCUUUGAUAAAUACCAUACAAUAAAAGCUUAAAAGUUAACAUGUGAAUGGAUUCUGUCCACAGAAACACCAGGGGGCUUUUAAUCUGAAACAGAUACAGGAGUUUAAAAAAUACAUUCAAAUUUCAUUCCAUGUCUGUGACAUAUUCUACACAUAUAGACAUUAAAACUGUAGUGAAAGGUGUAUAUGCUGCUGGUAUACUGUCGAUAUGUCUAUGAACACUGUUUAUUUUUGCUGGGAACUGUUCGCCGCCAGCAGUGUGACUGCUCUAAUCUGUUAACAGGGCGCCGACAUAACAGUUUCACCACACACACACACUCUGCUCAGGUCGACAGUGUGAACAAGCCGUAAUUUGUAUAUAAUACAGAAAAAUGGCACCAGGCUUGUUUCAAUGCCAUUGAUUGAGUCGUCAUGUCAGUCUAGUUAGCUGUAGGCUUUCUGAGGAGCUUUCCUUCCUGCUUCUCAACCAUUGUUGUUUGAAUCCAGUGGAAAAACGCAGCUUGAUAACGUCUUUCUCGAGGCUCGCAGUUUGAUGAUUCUUCUUUUGUUGUGUGUUUCUGUUGUUCAUUUCCGCAACCAAAGAUGUUGUAGCCACCCAUCUUUUAGCUCUCUGUCACAGAUAAACUGCUCUCAUCUGCAGACGAUCAUCUGCUGUGUGCAGCUGGAUAAAAUAGAUAGACGCAGAAAGAGAAAGAUCGCAAUAAAGGGUGGUAACAUGCACACAAUAUUCCACAUUAUGACUUAUGGUUUUGUGGGAACUUCUUGGCACUACUGUAUCCAUCAUAUAGUAAAGUACACAUAUCAAAACAUUUGGGCUGAUUUUUAAAAUUAACAACUCAAUAAAUCUGGUUUUGAUUACAUGUGUAAACUCUUCAGUGCAUGUAAACAGAGUCAUUAUGAACUUCAUUGGCCUCUGCAGACACCCAGGAUGAAUACAGAGCUUUUACGAUGGUGAGAGUUUUCAGACACGAGAGCUAAUUUUGUAAAUAGUCUUUUUUUUCCUUCCACUUUCUCUUUACACAAUUUUGUUUGUUUCCUCUUGUGUGUUUUUUUUUAAUGAUUUAUAACCUGGUCAGAUAACACAGUGACUAGCAAGUUUUAAGAUUCAGUGCACCAUGAAGGAAAAUGUCAUGGAUAUUGUUUAUAUGUUCAAAGAAAUGAUAUUCCAUGUAUUAGCCAUCACUUUUAAUACAAAAACAGGAUUUUGGAACUAUGAAAUGACCACUUGUUACAAUGCAGUGUUUAUUUAUUUUGUUUUAUUUUUACAAACUUGUCAGCAGAGAUAAUAUUACAGGAAAUUACAAGCCUCCAAAAUUAAUUAGCAUCAUGAAAAUUAUAGAACUUUAAGUUACAUUUAAAUUAUAGGAAUACAAAGAUCAAUUGUGUGCUCUGAAGACAAUACAAAUAUUUGAAAGAAAGAAAAAUCUCCUUGCACUUAUUAUUUCUAGUCAACACCAAUUUGAAAUGCUCGUUUUGUCCAUCCUUAAUGUAGAUUUGAUGGCUUAUUUCAUAGCUUCAAAAUGUUUUGCUGCUAAAACAGGAUUUCCAAACAGGUGGUUAGAUGUUGCCCAGUCUGGAUUUUUAAAAUGUGCCUUUUUAUUUUAAUUUGGUUAAUACAGAGUAACCUUCUUCAUGAUACUAAAAUAAAGAAAUUAGUUUGCUAUUAUUUUUCUUAUGGGCAGUUUAAAUAGUUGUAUUUUACAUUAAUAAAGAAAUUACAAUGUUGUCUUAAGGUGACUUUUUUGAACAUGAAAUAAUAAAAACAUGCCCUGUUGCACACUGUAUGAACCAAGUUUGUGUGAAUCCCACUUUUUGAAAAUCUGACGGGCUCAUCUCACUUUCUGCUUGUGAACAGUUUUCUUAUUUAUACAAGAACUCAUUUUGUACAGUUUUGUUAGAGGAAAGAGGUUUUGAUAUUUGGUUAUUUUGCAAAGCCACUUGGCUACUUUUGUCUUCCUGUGCCAGAGUUGCUAAAUUGUCUGUAACUUGUGUUUUUUUUAUUGAUUGAAAUAAGAUUUCCCUUCUUUCUUGGUUUUCUCUUUGAAUUUGAAUAUGUCAAUUUUUCUUUUUUUAAUAAAAGCCUUGUUUCAAUGA